UGUGAGCACAUCAGCAUCCAAGUGGAAAACCGAAGUCCCAGGGGGGGCUGAUGGUGCCAGGCAGGAACAGUCCCUGUGUAAGGGAUGGGAAACACCCGGAUUGGGAUCACGGACCCUGCUCUCCUCCUCUGCCAGUUCCCCAGCAGCCUUGAAACCCCCCUUAUCACCUUCUAACCUAAACAAGUCCCUUUGUACCAGUCUCCGUGUCUCCAGCCUCUGCUGAGUUUUAUAAACAACUGCCCAAAGAGGCUGACAAAGACAUUUUCUCUUGCCUUGGGCAGCCCGGGGAUGGGGGGUCCCAGCACCCCGGAAAUGACGGGGUCAUGCCUCUCCUUUCCCUGCACCCACGAGGGCUGGCCUUUGGGUGCCAUUGGUCCCCAAGCGGGAGCCCAGGGGCGGACAGCUCAUGCUGCUGGGGGGAUAUAAGGCUGGAGGAGCAGCCCGGGCUCUCUGUGCCAGGGUUUGCUGGAAGAAGGAAGGAUGGGACCCAGAAGCAGCUUGAUCCUCACUCUUCUGUGCUGGGCAGUGAGUGAGGCGGCUGCCUACACACCCUGGGACUUCUCCUGGGCUGACCUGGCGAGCCGGAGAGUGCAGGCAGACCCCAGUGCCUGGUCCUGGCUGCAAGACCCCCAUUCCCGAUCCAUCUCCAGCAACCAGCCGGUGGUGGUGCAGUGCCAGGAGGCUCAGCUGGUGGUGACGGUGAACAGGGACCUCUUUGGCACUGGCCGUCUGGUCAAUGCGGCUGACCUGACGCUGGGGCCAGCAGCGUGCAAGCAUUCCUCACUGAACCAGAACUCCGUCAUCUUCACCGCCGGCCUCCACGAGUGUGGCAGCGUUGUGCAGAUCACGCCAGAUUCCCUCAUCUACCGCACGCUCCUCAACUAUGACCCCAGCCCCGCCAGCAACCCCGUCAUCAUCCGCAGCAAUCCUGCCGUCAUCCCCAUUGAGUGCCACUAUCCCAGGAGGGAGAAUGUGAGCAGCAACGCCAUCCGGCCAACCUGGGCUCCCUUCAGCUCCACGCUGUCAGCAGAGGAGAGGCUGGUGUUCUCCCUGCGCCUCAUGAACGAGGACUGGAGUGCUGAGAGACCCUUCACUGGUUUCCAACUGGGUGAUAUCCUCAACAUCCAAGCAGAGGUGGGCACUGAGAGCCACGUGCCGCUGCGGCUGUUCGUGGACAGUUGUGUGGCUGCCCUGAGCCCCAGCACCGACUCCUCGCCCCACUACUCCAUCAUCGACUUCAAUGGGUGCCUGGUUGAUGGGAGGUUGGAUGACACCAGCUCUGCCUUCAUCACCCCCCGGCCCCGUGAGGACAUGCUGCGCUUCAGGAUCGACGUGUUCAGGUUCGCAGGGGACACCAGGAACCUGAUCUACAUCACCUGCCACCUGAAGGUGACCCCAGCGGACCAACCCCCAGACCCCCUCAACAAAGCCUGCUCCUUCAACAAAGCCAGAAACACGUGGGCCCCCGUGGAAGGCACCCGGGACAUCUGCAGCUGCUGCGAGACGGGGAACUGCGAGUCCCCGGCACUGUCCCGCAGGCUCAAUCCCCUGGAGCGAUGGCCAGGCCGCCGCUUCCGCCGCCAGGAUGCCGAGGGGAAAGAGGCUGAAGCCGACGUGGUCCUCGGCCCCGUUCUCCUCUCGAGGGUCCCGGGCGCCGUGAGGGAGCAGCAGGAGGGAGAUCACGGUGAAGUGACAGUGGAGCCCGGCAUGGAGAUGUGGCUGAUAUGCGUGGUGGCCGGCGUGGGGCUGGCCGUCGCUGUGGGGCUGGCCGCUGUGGGGCUGGCCGUCGCUGUGGGGCGCAGGAGAUGCUCCUGUGCCUCGGCGUAAACGUAGAGCGAGAGGCAAAUAAAGCCACGGAAAGACAAA